AUGGGCGGCGCGCAUUGGGGAGCGAGGGAUUGUGAGCGUAAGGCCCCAACCGGACCGCACAUCCCCAAGGUAGGGCCGUCUUUGGCUGAACAGGGGGCUGGCGCAAAAAUGCUGGCUGUUCAAUUGGGAUCGAAGGAGGCAUUUUAUGGAAGAUUGUUGAAGUUCAGGGUCAAAUUAUCGUGA